AUGCAAGAAAAGAUUGUCAAAAGAUUUAAGUUGACUGAUAAAGGUAUAGUUAAUGAGAAAGAUGAACCUUAUGAAAGCCUAACAGAUGCUGUAUUUGUACUUCUUUUAUCAAAUAAAAUUGGAUAUAUCAUGGUGAUAUUUGAGAAAAAUGUAUUGAAGGGAAAUGCAUUAAUAAAAUCUUAUAUUACAAUUAAUAUAGAAUAUAAGUUUUCAUAUCUACAGAGUACAACCAAAGAAUCUAAGAAUUGUAUAGAAGGUAAAAAUUCCAAAAUUCAUGAUAAAUAUCUUCCAUAUUUUUAG